GAAUGCCAUCUAUCGAGCGUUGUAUACGUUUCGUUUUGGGUGUAGCGUCCCCUUAAAGUUUAUUGUGUGUGUGUUCGUAUCUGUUCUUUGUUUGUGAACGCACGUCGGGACGAAAACCGAAACUCAGCAGAAAAAAUUUUUAGUGAACAAUUCGUAUUCUAACAGUUGAUUAAACACAAAAAAUUUCGCGUUUUCAUUAACAGUCGUGUUUUAUUUACUCUUUUCUACUAUAAUUCUCGACUACCUACACCACAAAAUAACAAUAAUGGCAUCAGCACCGUAUCUUGAUCAGUACCUUAAAUCUUUGGAGAAUCUUCCUAUUCAGUUGCUACGAAACUUCACUUUGAUGCGAGAUCUCGACUCGAGAGCUCGGGAAGAGAUGCGCGACAUCGACAAAAUGGCGAACAACUUUAUGUCGAAUAUCAAUCUGUACUCGGGAAAUAAAAAAAAUAAAGCUAUCAUGCAACGUAAAUUUGACAAAAUAAAAGAAUACAGCGAUGACAAAGUUCAAUUGUCUAUUCAAACUUAUGAAAUGGUGGAUAAAUGUAUUAGGGACUUGGAUCCAAACUUGGCUCGCUUUGAAUCUGAAAUUCAAGACAGAGCCAUUGAUGCUAAAAAAAAUGCAGAGGAAGUAAAACGUGGACGUAAGAAGAAUAGAGGCAGCGAAAUUUGGUUGAGGAUUACAAGUAAUGAAGAAGCGGCUCGUUACAAAAUACUGAAAAAGAAACAACCUAAGAAAGGAUUUUCAAAAACGUCGAGUGCGGGACCGAGCAAAACAUCUUCGGUCAGUGUUGUCAAUAAUCCGAAACACCCUACAAAAAGUGUAGCCAGCGCUGCAUUAAAGACUGCCCCCCUUACUGGUGCAUUAGUUACUGCUGGAGCUAAACACUCCCCUGAAGUAUUGGACAUGCCUGUUGAUCCAAAUGAACCAACAUACUGUUUGUGCAACCAAGUUUCCUAUGGUGAAAUGAUAGGCUGUGAUAAUCCCGAUUGUCCUAUUGAAUGGUUUCACUUUGCAUGUGUCAAAUUGACUACCAAGCCAAAGGGAAAAUGGUUUUGUCCAAAAUGUACAACAAAUAAGAAGAAAAAUUAAUAUACUUUAAAUAUGAAAUAAGUUUUUUUUGUUUUAUAUAUAUACAGUAUACUUACACAUAUUAUAUAUAUAUAUACAUGU